GCGAAUAAUUUAUUGUCUUAAAAAAAAGUACAGGUGUUAUGUCCGUAACCGGUCCAACUUUUAGACUUUCAUGAAACGUCAAAACAGUUAACAUCAUAAACAUGGAUUUGUUUUGAACGACCUAAGUUGCAUGUGACUUGACAGCUUCUACAAAGUAUUCCAAGGUGACAUGUGAUUCAGCUAAACUUUGUUACCAUGGGAACUGGGGGGUCAUUUCUACAUAAUCCAGAGGAUGAUGAUAUCCUUGGAAAAGACCUGGAUGGCAGUAGUAGAGGUGUCAUCAAAAGAAUACCGAUAGAAAUUAGACCAAGAGGACGACUUGGUCUUAAAAGUGGAUCCAGUCGUAAAGGGCCAAAGGGAGGAAGUCUUAGUUCAGCUCUUUCUGUAGAGAUAGAGAACACAGAAGUAGAGAGGAUAAGAAAAGAGUUUGAGAUGUACAGAAUCAAUAAAGACAAUGAAAUGGCAAACAUGAGUAGGAAAGAACAGCAACUAAUUAGAGAAAAUAAGAAACUGAAGGCAGAAUUAGUAGUACUACAGAAAACUUGUACUAACCUCCGGGGCGAGAGAGAUAUGUCACUUGAAGCAGAACAACAUGCGCUGAUCAGAGCUGCUACUUUUGAAGAUGAACGAGGAAAACUGCAGAGAAAUUUUAAAAUUUUCAGAGAAACAAUGGAGAGAGAGUUACAGAAUAUUUUAAGAGAAAAAAGAAGGUUGGAAAAUAAACUGGCAAAAAUUGCUUUAGGUUAUUCCAUAGAAGAUGUUGAUGCUCAGUCCAGACAGGAAUUUGAUGAAAAUAGUAACAAUAACCCUGGUGAGUGGUGGCCCAAUAUGGAUGGAGAACCUUCCCUCAGUAGUACAAUGCAGCUACAACAACCAUCACCAAGGUUACCAGAGUUUGUCCAUAGUAUGGUAGAACCAGAAGGGAUGUUUACCAAUGUCAAUAAAGAGGACUGGAGUACUGUAUUAUCCAAUUUGUCACAAAAUUUACCUAGUGUUCCAGAACAUUCACUCAGUCCUGUGCUUAGAAUCUACAUUUCUGCUCCCAGGGACACACAUACAGAGGUUGAAAUCUUGAUCAAGGAUUAUUACCCACGUCUGCAAGCCAUGUGCGAAACAGAAGGUAGAAGUUUAGUGAUGACACACCUGCCUUAUGAUGACACAUCAACAGUAUCACAACAGUUCUUAUGGCAUCAACAGAUUUCCAGAAAACAACAGAUAUCAAAAUCCUGUAUAUUUUUGGCAUUCUUAGGAGAUUCAACAGAUAAAUUUACAAGUUUAGAGUAUAAGAUAGGAUAUUUAGACAAUCCAACAGCCAAGUCAGCAAUAUUCUGUUUUAGGGAUGUCAAAGGGAUCAAAUCAGGUCACAGUGAUGCUAAAGACCUAAAAACAAAGAUAAGGGAGAAGAAGACUGCUAAGAUCAUAGAUGGGUAUACAAGUCCUAGUCGAGGUGUGGAGCAAGCUAGCUCUGAGAUAGAAAAAAUUCUCUCCACAGAGAUUGGCUUGGAAUCAAGAGCAGAAGGAGAAGAGGAAGAAAAUGAGGAUGAUGGUCCUGACCAGUUAUGUGGCGGCCAUGUUUGGGAUGUACAUAGUGACAAUGAACAAUUAGAAGCUAUCAACCUAGCCAAAAGCUCAAGUUGUGAAUUAGGAUUUGAAAGGCAUUAUGAGAGACUGAAUGGUCAUGUAUUAUCAGCAGGACCAUUACCGCCAUUGUUGAUUUUAGGCCCACCAGGGUGUGGCAGAUCUCUUCUUCUUGCCAAAUGGAUUCAGUUACAGCAGGAGAAAAUACCCAGCAGUCUUCUAUUGUAUCAUUUUGUUGGUAGAGAGUCCACGGUCAGUGCUGAUCCUAUUAUGAUGAUGAGAAGACUUACUGCUCAGUUGAUGCAACAGUUGAAUUCACCUCCACAAUUGACUUCUGAUCCUGUCAGAAUAGUAGAGGAGUUUCCUCGGUGGUUAGAGAGGAUAUCAUCAAGGACACCAGGUGGAGCCAUUGUUGUUCUGGAUUCUAUUGAUCGUUUCCAGCAAGCAGAGGUGCAUUUAAAAUGGUUAAAAGAUCCAUUGCCAGUGGAUACAAGAAUAAUUGUGUCAGCAUGUGAAGACACAUGUCCCCAGUCAUGGAGAUCAUGGCCAACAGUACGGGUUGAACCACUGAGCAACAAGAAUGUGAAGGAGUUACUCCAUGCUGAGUUAGCGACUCUUGAUGCUUCUAUAAGUUCAGAAGAGGAAACAUCAAUACUAACACAAUGUAGAACUCCAUCCACGUGUUGUUCAUUGUAUGUAAUGGUGCUAGCUAGACAUAUCUCAGGGUACACUAGAUUUGAUUCUAAACCAGCCAAGCAUUUAGAGAAUUUAUUAACGUGCACAGACUGUGUCAGUUUAUAUUGUAAAGUUUUAGAUGUAAUUAGAUAUUCAUUGGAAUCUCAUGAAAACAGAGGGCAUUUAAAAAUGAUAUUAAGAUUUAUAUAUGUGAGUCGCUGUGGUUUAAGAGAGAGUGAGCUGCUUGAUCUGAUGCCAAAUUUGUCAUCCAAUUUCUUAACAUUGUUCACAGAAAUUCUCUUUCAUCAUCUUAUAAUAAAGUACCAAGGAGGACUACUCAUGUUUGCACAUCAGCAGGUUGAAAAGGCAGCAUUUGAGUAUUGUUUUGGUAAAGAGGAGGCCAAGCUUAUCCCACAAUAUAGACAAAAUUUAAUUCAGUAUUUUUCAAAUUCCUUAAGUCCAGGGAAGACAUCAUGUAGAGUUUCUGAUGAGUUGCCAUGGUUACUUAGACAGUCACAAGAAAAAGAAGAAUUACAGCAAUGUUUACUGAAUUUAUGUGUUUUCCAAAGGUUAUAUUCCAGAGGCAGAUGUCCUGAGAUAUUAUCUUAUUGGCAGUUUGUAGCAGCAGAUAAAAACACCAUGGCACAACUUUACUUCAACGCUACGAGGAAAAUGGAGGAAAUGGUUGGCCAGUAUGGUGGACUGAUUACCUUAGAGAGAAUAGCAGACCUUUAUGAUUCAUUAGGGCAUUUCUUAAAAGAUCUAGGUCAACUCAACCAGGCUGUAUCAGCUUUGCAGAAGGCUCUUGAAAUAAGAGAGACAACUCUUCACCCAGAUCAUCCAAUAGUUGCUAGGACACACCAUAUACUAGCAGGACUUUAUGCACAAUGGGGUAAAUUCUCCACUGCUGAGGACUUUUAUAAACAAGCUCUGGCUCUGUAUGAGAAUGAGUAUGGCAUGGAUCAUCCUCUGGUUGCAACAGAACUGGAGGCUCUAGCUCAGUUAUAUCAGAGACAAGACAGGCAUGACCAAGCUGAUCCUCUUAAGAAAAGAUCUGUGAAUAUCAGAAAGAAACAAAAAUCUCCUAAAGUCACACCUAUGCAAACCCAAGCUAAAACUGUCGUACAGAGAAGAGCUCUACAGCUAGAGGAGUUAGCUCUAGGACCGGACUCGCCUGAUAAUGCCAGAAUACUCAAUGAACUUGGUGUCUUAUAUUAUCUACAGAAUGACUUUGAAACUGCUGAAUCAUUUUUCAAGAGAGCUUUGGAGAUGAGAGAGAGCACGUUGGGACCAGAUCAUUUAGAUUUGGCUCAAUCUCUGAAUAAUCUAGCUGCUUUAUAUAAUGACAGGAAACAGUUCAAUAAGGCAGAGCCUCUGUAUGAAAGGGCUCUAGAUAUCAAAACUAAGUAUUUAAGCACCAACCAUGAGAGUGUAGCCUCCAUUAUCAACCAUUUAGCUAUGCUGUAUAGAAAACAGGGUAAAUUUGAUAAGGCUUUACCAUUAUACAAACAAGCUGUAGAAAUCAGGGAGAAAACAUUUGGAUCAUAUCAUCCCUCUGUAGCAACGGCAUUAGUGAACCUAGCUGUAUUAUAUUCUCAACAGAACAAAUAUGCAGAAGCAGAGCCAAUGUAUGAUAGAGCGUUGAAGAUUUACGAUGAAAGUCUGGGUCCUCAGCAUCCUCGUGUGGCAGAAACACUACGCAAUCUGGCUGUCAUGAAAUACGAAAUGAAAGACUUUGAAGCUGCUGCUAAGUUGUACAAGAAAGCGACAGAAAUUACGGAGAAUGAGACGACGUACGGAGGCAAGGCAUUGUCUAUACAGAGUUCUAGUGGAGAAUCUACACUUAAAAAUAUGAUGAAUUCUUGAUGUUUACUUUAUUUUAAAUCAAAAACAAUAAAGUUUGUAUCUAAAAUUAACUAUUGUAAAAGCAGAAAUUAUUGUGAAUUUUUGGUUUUGUCAUAUUUGUGAACUGUCUCAUUGAUGUAUCCAAAAUCUCAUACAUUAUAAAAUUGUGAUGGAAAUUAAUUAGUCAAUUCCAACUCCAUUGCAUGAACACUAGUUACUAGAUCAAACAUGUGUCAAGGUUUGCAGGGAAAAAGAAUAAUAUUCUACGUUUCGUGACCCAACCUUUCAGUAUAUGAUAAAAUAACAUAAGCACUAAGAUAAUUUUUUCAGUUAAAAUUUAGGAGUACAGGCUAAAUUAGUAGCUUAGUCUAUUUGAAAGAUGAAAAUAGCACUCUGUAUAAUUUUUGGGUUGGAAUCGCAAACCUUGUCAAUCUUUUCCCCUGGUUUGAUACCAUGCACGGGAGGGUCUCUUCCUAUAUUAAGGUAUAUACAUAUGUGCCGCUAGAAUGGGUCCCUUUUUUGAUGCAUCAAAUAUAUCAAUGGGGUGCAAUUUUACCGAGGAAAUAUAUCAAUGGGUCAUAAUUUUUCAGUUUGUUGUGCAACGAUCUUCACUGAAUGGGUUAUGAUUUCGCUGUGAAAUAUAUGUAUAGGUAGGGAUUUCACAAUUAUUCAAUAUAUGAAUGGGGGCUGUUUUUUAAGUCCCAGCUGCACAACUGUACCCAAAAUCCCAUGUUGAGACCCCCCCCCUGUGCUACCAUG